AAAGCUUGUACCAGGUAGAAGUUUCGUCAAAGUUUAACAUACAUAUUGUAAUUAGAAAAAUAUUAUUAUAUUUCUUCAAAUAUCUAGUGUAAAACUGGAAUCGCAAAGAUAGAAAAGAUUUUACUAAACUGCAAAUUGGUGUAUUCAGAUAGAUUUCCGUCGUUUGUUUUCAGGCGGGUUGCUUGAGUGUGUAUCAGCUCGCAUCAAAACAACAUGCAUAUAAAACUUAUAACUCAAAGACAGACCUUCUAAUUGACCAUUACCUUUUUAAACUUACAAUUAUUUUGAUUGCUGGUUGUUUUUCAUAAUGUUCAGUAGCUAACGUUAAAAACACAGCGGUAGUGUUAGUAACGUUAUUUGACUUAUAUUCACGGGGCAUAACUUGACAUUUUAGUUUCACUUUUUGAUCUAAAGAAUGGACCGACCAUCCAGAAAUAAGAAAGCUGUCAACUACACAGACUUCAAAGACGACGACGAUGAGGAUUUUGCCUGUGUAAAACCUCCUCCCAAAAAAGCUCGAACGGCCAUCAAAGACCCUGAUUCUGAGAGAAACCUCAAAACUACAAGUGCCCCUCCAAAUGAAGUUGUUGAUCUCACCAGCUCAGGAAGCAGGAAGAGGGAGUCUCUGGAGGAUAAAUUUUAUGAAAGAGAUUUGGAGACAGCUCUAUCGUUAUCAUUGCUGGACUCUUCAAGAACACAAGAUGGAGAGCCUACAACCAAAACAGAUGACCGUGACAGUUCUCAACCUCCUCAGUGUUCACCACCUAUUCUAAUACACUGCAGUGCUGAGGACAGCCAUUUAGUCAGCGAAGGUCAGCCACGUCCAGAUUCUCCUCCUGUGCUGUCAAAUUGUAGCAUUGAUGGCCGAAGUUUAGGGCUGAAUCUGAUCAGUAUAGACGCCUCCCCUACCAGUGUUUCUAAACAGAAGGAAACCUCUGAGGAACAAAGAAAACCACUGAAGGAGAAGAAGGACAACAGAGACGAUGAGGACUACCAGCCUCAGAACACACCAGAUUCAGAAAGUGAUGCAGACUUUACUGAAGAAGAUGAGAGCGAAGAUGAGACAUUCACUAUGAUAAAGAAAAAGAAGGUUGUGAAACAGAAGACAGAAAAAAAGGCCCCACCAGCUGCAAAGAACAAGAUGGAAAAGAAAGACAAAAAGCCAAUGAAAGCCUCAAAAGCCAAAGGCUCAGCUCCCAGCCCAGCGAUCUGUCGGAGUCCUGCUGCUCCUGUGUCUGGACAGAAGGCGGCGCCUACUACUCCGCCUCUCUCUAAACCUGCAGUCUGCUCCAGUCCUGCAGGGGCCAGACUGCCUAAGUGGAAUCCCCCUGGUCUUCUUGGCCGGAGUCCCGGUGCAUCUCAGAACGCACAUGUGAAGUCUCCAGGACAGGGGCUGCGUUUAGGACUUUCCCGUAUGGCUCGAGUCAAACCCCUUCACCCUAAUGCUGCUGCGAACUAAACAGACUUGUUUUAAAUUCGAAAGCUUUACAAUGGCUUUUGGGAACUCGUAGUGCAUGUGGCAGGAGAAAAGAAGGAAUGGAUAUUUUUUUACUGAAAUUUGUCCAGAAUUUAAGACCUUUCAUCCCUCACUUACAAUAAUAUGUAGUAAUAUGUAACAACGUUUUUUGUUGUGCUUUAAAUAUUUUUAAUGCCUCUUUAUGGUGUGUUUUAGCUUUGUAAAUAUGCACUUUUUGAUAAAUAAAGAUAUGCUAAAUCUCUCAUUAUGCUAUAUUAUGAUAAAACUGAGGUGCAUAAGGCCAGAUCAGUGAAGCUUGCGAUCAGACAGUUUCAAAAAGAAAUACAAAAUCUGUGCAAAUAGAAAGGAAACAAGAUUGAAUCCAAUAUUUGGUAAUAAUAUAGCAUAACAAGAAAUUUAUAAACUGAAACUGGGAACACCACAAGGUGGUGGGGGUUCAAAAAAAAUUUGGGAAGUUGUUACACCCAGUGUGAGCAAAGUCAUUAAGUUUUAGUCCAAUGCAAUAAACAUUAACUAGCAUUUUCGGGAAAAAGGAAAUCCUGAACACAAGUGAUCAGAGCAUAACAUAAGGGUUAAGCAAAGAUGUUUUUGUAAUCUAAUGAAAUAUGAAUCUCUUUGCAUUUAGGUAGUGAAAACAUCUUAUAUUUGCUACAAGUUAAUGUUGUAUUCCCUCAGUUAAUGCUCAAGCGAUGCCUCCCUCUAGUGGUUAAAAAGAAGCAUGUGUGGAGGGGAGGAGAACAAGAGAAGCUUUUUCUGGCCACAGUCAUCUGGGGUGGUGCUUUUUUUUGUAAAUAUUCUUUUGAGCAAUAUGUAUUGUGAAAGCACUAUGCAAAUAAAGCUGAAAACCAGUUCAUCGGAGUAACUGCAAACAAAAAUCUUAUAGUGUUAAAUGGCCUG